CCGGGGCGGCCGCAGCGCGAUCGCAUCGUCCCCGCGGGGCAGCACCGGACACGGGACACCGGGCACCGGCACCGGACACCGAACACCGGGCACUGAACACCGGCUGUCGGCACUGGGCACCGAACACCGGGCACAGGGUACCGCCACCGGACAACGGGUAACCGGGCACAACCGCUGGCACCGGGCACCGGCACCGAUACAGACUCAGACACCGGCUCCGGCUCCUGCGCGCCCGGCGCGGCCCGGUCCGCUCCAGGAACAAUGGCAGAGCCAUUCCUCGUGGAGAGCCCCAACGUCACCUACAGCAAGGACUUCAUCGAGGCCAAGUACACCUACAGCACCGUGCACGUCUGCAAGGAGAACGGCGUCACCAAGGUGCGGCCGUGCUCCACCCGCUUCACCUUCCGCACGGGCCGGCAGGUGCCGCGCCUGGGGGUGAUGCUGGUGGGCUGGGGGGGCAACAACGGCACCACGGUGACAGCGGCCGUGCUGGCCAACAAGCUGGGGCUGUCCUGGAUGACCAAAACGGGGCGCAAGACAGCCAACUACUACGGCUCCCUGCUCCAAGCCUCCACCGUGUGCCUGGGCACCGGCCCCUCCGGCGAUGUCUACGUGCCCUUCCGGGACCUGCUGCCCAUGGUGCACCCCAACGACAUCGUCUUCGAUGGCUGGGACAUCUCCUCGCUGAACCUGGCGGAGGCCAUGAAGCGGGCGGAGGUGCUGGAGUGGCCGCUGCAGGAGCAGCUCUGGCCGCACAUGGAGAAGAUGAAGCCCCGGCCUUCCAUCUACAUCCCCGAAUUCAUCGCCGCCAACCAGGAGGAGCGGGCGGACAACGUCCUGCGAGGCUCCAUGGCCGAGCAGGUGGAGCAGAUCCGCAGGGACAUCCGAGACUUCAAGGAGAGCAGCGGGGUGGACAAAGUCAUCGUCCUGUGGACGGCCAACACGGAGAGAUUCUGUGACAUCGUGCCGGGGCUCAACGACACCGCCGACAACCUGCUGAGGGCCAUCGAGCGAGGCCUGGAGGUGUCCCCGUCCACGCUCUUCGCCGUGGCCAGCAUCCUGGAGGGCUGUGCCUACAUCAACGGCUCCCCCCAGAACACCUUCGUGCCGGGGGCGGUGGAAUUGGCCGCCCAGCGCCGCGUCUUCAUCGGCGGCGACGACUUCAAGUCGGGGCAGACCAAGCUCAAGUCGGUGCUGGUGGAUUUCCUGGUGGGCGCCGGCCUCAAGACCAAGUCCAUCGUGAGCUACAACCACCUGGGGAACAACGACGGGAAGAACCUGUCGGCGCCGCAGCAGUUCCGCUCCAAGGAGAUCUCCAAGAGCAACGUGGUGGACGACACGGUCCAGGCCAACCCCAUCCUCUACGGCCCCCAGGACAAGCCUGACCACUGCGUGGUGAUCAAGUACGUGCCCUACGUGGGGGACAGCAAGCGGGCGCUGGAUGAGUACACGUCCGAGAUCAUGAUGGGUGGCACCAACACCAUCGUCAUCCACAACACCUGCGAGGACUCGCUGCUGGCCAGCCCCAUCAUCCUGGACCUGGCCAUCCUGACGGAGCUGUGCCAGCGCAUCACCUUCUGCACCGAGGCCGACCCCGAAUUCCAGGGCUUCCACAGCGUCCUGUCCAUCCUCGCCUUCCUCUGCAAGGCCCCGCUGGUGCCCGAGGGCACCCCCGUGGUCAACGCGCUCUUCCGCCAGCGCAGCUGCAUCGAGAACAUCCUGAGGGCCUGCCUGGGGCUGCCCCCCCAGAACCACAUGCUGCUGGAGCACAAGAUGCAGCGGCCGGCGCCGAGCCCCAAACGCGCCUGUCCCGGGGGGGCCACGUGUCCCCUGCUCCCCAAGAAGAGCCCGGCGGCGCCCGCCCAGCUCAACGGGCACCCCUGUGCCCCCCGGCCGGGGCCCCCCCGAGCCCCCCUGCACAUCGACGGCGCCGACUAACCCCGUGCCAACCCGGAGCGGCUUUUUAGGGGGGGUGUUUGGGGGGGUUGGGUUUGGGGGGGGGGUUGUUUCCUUCCCCCCCACCCCAAUUUUUGAUGGCGACUCCAAACUGUGAAGCUUUGUACCCACCAAUAAACCCGGAGCACAGCGUGA